ACAUUGUUUAGAAUACAUAACACCAUCAGGGUGGAAGUUGGUUGGUCCUUUCAGUGGUGGGAAGAAAGACCUAGCUUCUGCUGUGUCACCGAACAACACAAAUUAUUACCAUUGUGUCGGAACUAUACAAAAAUAGACCUAUUAUCACCGGACAAGACAAAAAAAAAACAUCACCGGAUGACACAAGGAAAAUAUCAGCAUUGUGAGUUCUUAGGUCCAUCCGACAAAGAUGUCUUCUGUGCUGUUGCCAGUCCUGUGUAGCAUCAUCAUCACCACCUGCAAGGCUGCAUCCUCUGUUUCACGGCGGUGUGAGGACAUUCUGGCCACGCCUCUUCCCUACAGCUCCUUCACCAGCUCAUCGGUGUACGCUCAAAGCUACGGAGCCGGUUAUGCCAAGCUUAAUCGCAACCAAGGUGCUGGAGGCUGGUCUCCAUCAGACACAGACCGUUACCAGUGGUUACAGGUGGACUUGGGUGCUAGAAAGCAGGUUGUUGCCAUAGCGACACAGGGCCGCUACAGUAGCUCUGACUGGACCAGCAAAUACCAACUUCUUUACAGUGACACACAGAAAAACUGGAGGCCUUAUCUCCAGGAUGGGAACAUCUGGACGUUUGAGGGUAACGUGAACAGUGACGGUGUGGUUCGUUACCAGCUGCAGCACACCAUCCUGGCCCGCUACAUCCGCUUUGUCCCACUUAAAAAAAGCGGAGGGGGACAUGUCGGAGUACGUCUGGAGCUCUACGGCUGCUCAUACUGGGCUGAUGUGAUGAGUUUUGAUGGCCAUGGAAUCAUCUCCUACCGCUUCAGAAGCAAAAAGAUGAAGAUUGUCAAGGAUGUCAUCGCUCUCAAGUUUAGAACCACAGUUGGAGAUGGCGUGCUACUCCACGGAGAGGGACAACAAGGGGACUAUAUUUCUCUGGAGCUUCGAAGGGCAAGACUUCAGCUAAGCAUCAACCUUGGCAGUAACCAGUAUGGCUCUAUCCAGGGUCAUACGUCUGUGACCAGUGGAAGUUUACUUGAUGAUGACCACUGGCACUCUGUCGUCAUACAGCGUUACCGAAGGAACGUCAACUUCACUCUGGAUCAUCAUGUUCAUAAUUUCAGGACCAAUGGAGAGUUUGGCCACCUGGACUUGGACUAUGAGAUUAGCUUCGGGGGAUUGCCUCCAUCAGCAAAAUCAACCUCAGGGGGUGGAGAGAACUUUGUGGGCUGCAUGGAGGGGAUCACCUACAAUGGUGACAACAUCACAAACUUGGUCCGCAGGGGGAAAGUGGACACGUCCAGCUUCCGCAACCUAACAUUUUCAUGUGCCGAGUCCAACUCCUUCCCCGUCUUCUUCAAUUCCUCCUCCUUUCUGCGGCUGCCUGGUCAGACUGACAGUGACACCCUGUCUGUCAGUCUAUCUUUCAGGACGUGGAACCCAAAUGGACUUCUGCUUUUCACGGCGCUGGCCGAUGGCUGGGUGGAGGUGGGGAUGACAGAGGGCAAGAUCACGGUGUAUAUGAACGUGACACAAAAGAAGAACACACAUAUUGACAUCUCCUCAGGUUCUAGUCUGAAUGAUGGCCAGUGGCACAGUGUCCACCUGAAUGCUUUGGAGAACUACGCCAUGUUGACAGUAGAUGGAGACGAGUCAUCCACAGUCAGAACAGCUAUCCCAGUCCAGAUCAUGACAGGAGGAACAUACUACUUUGGAGGUUACUUCCCACAUACGACCGCACACACAAUCCAGCGCCCCUUCCAGGGCUGCAUGCAGAUGAUCCACAUCGAUGACCAUCUGGCUGAUCUCAGGGCUGUGGAACAAGGUCUCAUCGGAAGUUUUGAAAAUGUUAGCCUGGAUAUGUGUGCUAUUGUUGACAGGUGUGUUCCCAACUACUGUGAGCAUGGUUCCCGAUGUUCUCAGACAUGGGAUGCAUUCAGCUGCAACUGUACUGGUACUGGAUACACCGGCGCUACUUGCCAUACUUCCACAUUUCAGCAGUCAUGUGAGGACUAUAAGCACCAGGGUAAGACCUCUGGGAGUUACUGGAUUGACCCUGAUGGCAGUGGCCCUAUCCAGCCCUUCAAAGUUAUGUGUGACAUGACAGAGGAAAAGGUUUGGACCACAGUGAAGAACAACCUUGCUCCACAGACAUCAGUCACCACUGCUGACAGGGAGGAGAAGGUUAUGCUGCAGAUCACUUACAAUGUGACCCAUGAACAGUUGUUUUCGGUCACCAGCAGUGCUGAAAAGUGUGAACAAUACGUGGCCUACGCCUGCAGAAUGUCACGUCUGCUCAACACCCCAGACGGUGAAGCGUUUACUUGGUGGGUAGGACAAGCCAAUGAGAAACAUUCUUACUGGGGGGGUUCAGGUCCAGGCAUACAGAAGUGUGCAUGUGGAAUUGAACACAACUGUACUGACCGCAAACACUACUGCAAUUGUGAUGCCGAUUCGCUUGCCUGGAGAGAGGACGCAGGAUUGUUGGUGUACAAGGACCAUUUGCCAGUCAGGCAGGUUAUGGUUGGUGACACCAGCAGAGCUGGAUCUGAUGCCAAGCUGACAGUGGGACCACUCAGAUGCCAGGGGGACCGAAACUACUGGAAUGCUGCAUCUUUCUCCAGUCCUGCGUCCUACCUUCACUUCUCUUCCAUUAGAGGCGAAACUAGCACUGACAUUGCCUUCUACUUUAAGACCUCCUCCAGUCAUGGCGUCUUUCUGGAAAACUCAGGAACCUCUGACAUUCUUCGCAUUGAACUAAGAGGAGGCUCCAUGGUGUCUUUCUCCUUUGACGUGGGCAGCGAGAGAAUGGAGCUUGUUGUCCGCUCACCAGUGCCGCUAAAUGAUGACCAGUGGCAUCGCGUGGAGGCGGAGAAGAACGUCAAAGAGGUGGUGCUGCAGCUCGAUGGACAGUACCGAGAGGUCCGGCUGACCCCCCCACAGGGCCACACCAAGCUGGAGUUGUACAGCAACCUGUAUAUUGGUGCCUCGGGAGGCCAGAGAGGUUUUCUGGGCUGCAUGCGAGCUCUGAAGAUAAAUGGAUUCACUUUGAACCUGGAGGAGAAGGCUACAGGGACUCCAGGGGUAAAUCCCGGUUGCCAGGGCCACUGCCAGAGCUAUGGAACGCAGUGCAAGAAUGGAGGCAAAUGUGUGGAGCAGUACAACAGAUACUCUUGCGACUGCUCGCUCACUGCGUAUGAUGGACCCUUUUGCACUGAAGACGUGGGUGCGUACUUUGAGACGGGGACCUUAGUGCGUUAUGACUUCUUGCCGGAGGCAGCACCCUCUGUGGUGCAGGAGGGAAAAAGCCUUUCAGGUGUAGGUGUUCCCAUUGAGGCCAACCUGACUCACGAGGAGCUUGUCUUCAGCUUCAGCACUUCCAGCGCUCCGAGCAUUCUGGUCUACAUCAGCUCCAGGACUCAGGACUACCUGGCUGUGGUGUUGAGACACAAUGGCACUCUCCAGAUCCGCUACAGACUCGGAGGUCUCACAGAACCUUUCACAGUAAAUAUUGACCACCGCAACAUGGCUAACGGACAACCUCACACUGUUAACUUAACACGAAAUCUACGAGAGAUACGAUUACAGCUGGACCACUACCCAGUGUCCACAUACACUCUGCCUCCCACCUCCGACUUUGAAUUCAACUUGAUUAAAAGUCUCUUUCUUGGAAAGGUCUUUGAAACGGGACAGAUAGAUCCCAUCCUGAUCGAGCGCUACAACACUCCGGGCUUUGUGGGCUGCCUGUCAAGGGUUGAGUUGAAUGGUGUGGCACCGCUUAAAGCUGCACUACGCUCUGGCCAGACCGCGCCCAUCAGCACCCAUGGCAUCCUGGUCCCAUCCAAUUGCGGAGCCUCUCCCCUCACUAUCUCCCCGCUGGCAGAGAGCGACCCCUGGCAUGUAGAAACGGCUGGAGCCGUCUUCACCUUCAGUGAGGACACAUCCAGCAGUCAUGCCGUCAACCGCAACUCUGCAGUUAUUGGAGGCGUGGUUGCUGUAGUGAUUUUCGCGGCGUUGUGCAUCAUGGUGUUGGUCAUUCGCCACAUGUUCAGACACAAAGGGUCCUACCACACCAACGAGGCCAAGGGGGCAGAGUCGGCGGACUGCGCCGAUGCCGCCAUCAUUGUCAACGACCCUGCUUUCACCGAAAGCAUCGACGAGAGCAAGAAAGAGUGGUUCAUCUGAAUCCCUGACAAUGAUUGACUCCCGACUGUAGGAUGUACCGUAGUAGUACUGGACUGUACUCUACUCCAUGUAGUUUUCUAAAGAUAGACACAAAUACUGGAAGCUGUAGGACUGCUUGUUUGUAUCAAAACUUUAUGGACAUGAACACAUUACAACAUCAGAAAUUUAUUUAUUUUAACUAUUUACACACACCUGGGAGAAAAAGAUGGUGAAAGUGUCAUGGAUGUGUGAAUGAUGACAUGUAUGCAAUAGAUUAUAUUCAUUUUUUGUUUACUUACAGUCCCAUCAUAUUUUUAACCCACAAGAAUCCAUGUUGACACUUCAAAAGUGUCCUAUACAGCUUUGUGCUUGGCUUGAACUCAAGUCCCUAAGUGACAUAUAGGAAACAUUUUGGAAUGGUUGUCAUGUGACUAUCCCCAAAAUGUCAGUGUGUUAGGUAAGCGAAAACUUAUUGUUUGCCAUGAAAGAUCAUUUUAAAUCCAUUUAACAAUUGUAAUGCUUUAAUAGGCUGUCGAAUUCAACUCUUCUUAACUAUAUUUCUUCAAUGAAUUCAUAGAAAACAAGCUAGGAAAAAAUCACUAACAGGCUUUUAGCCUUCAAAUUGUUUUUGGUGCAGUUUAAAGUACAUUUGUACUAGACAAAGUAUGACGUUCAGAAUACAUUUAGCAUGAAGAAUGUAACAUAUGUGUAACAUCAGACACUCUUCAUCUAUCAGUAGUAUCCAUCCAUCCAUCCAUUUUCUUCAGCUUAUUUGAGAUCGUGUUGCGGGGAAGCAGGGAAGCUCAGACUUCCCUCCCUCCAGCUACUUCGUCCAGCUCCUCCCGGUGGAUCCCGGGGCAUUCCCAGGCCAGUUGAGAGACACAGCCUCUCCCAACAUGUCCUUUGUCUUACCCGACGCCACCUCCCGGUCGAACGUGCCCUGAUCACCUCCCCAGGGAGGUGUUCGGGAGGCACCCUGACCAGAUGCCCGAGCCACCUCAUCUGGCUCCUCUCAAUGCGGUGGAGCAGAGGUUCUACUCUCUCCCGGAUGACAGUGUUUCUCACCUUAUCUCUAAGGGAGAGCCCAGCCACCCUAUGGAGAAAACAAAUUUUGGCCGGUUAUACCCGCGAUCCUCCCAUGAGCUCACCACCCAUGGGAGGGGCCAAAGGGGUCGAGUGCAGAGCGAGCUGGGUGGCAGCUGAAGGCGGGAACCUUGGCGGUCAGAUUCUUGGCUGCAGAAGCUAGCUCUUGGCACGUGGAACGUCACCUCUCUGGUGGGAAGGAGCCUGAGCUGGUGUGCAAGGUGGAGACUAUCUCUAUUGUCAGACUCACCUCGAUGCAGCCUUUCGAGAGGGGUUGGACUUCAUUCCACUCUGACGUGGCCAGCAAUGAGAGGCGACGGGCAGGGGUGGAAAUUCUUAUUGCUCCCCUGGCUCAGAGUCUGUACUUUGGAGUUUAACCCGGUGAACGAGAGGGUAGUUUCCAUCCGCCUUUGGGCAGGGGGACGGGUCGUGACUGUUGUUUGUGCUUAUGCGACAAACAGCAGCUCAGUUCAUCAUCUGCCGUCUCAGGAAGGGGAAGCAGUGCAUGGUCAACACCAUGUAUGGUGGGGAUGGUGUGCUGCUGACCUCGACUCGAGAUGUUGUGGACCGGUAGAAGGAAUACUUUGAAGAUCUCCUCAAUCCCACGGAUUCGGACUGGGGACUCCGUGGUGGGUUCUUCUCUCUUUGGGACUGUGGUUGGAGAGGUGGUCAAAAAGCUCCUCGUGGCAGGGCCCUGGAUACUGUGAGCGUGUCUUGGUUGACACGACUCUGCAGCAUCACGUGGACAUCGAGGGCGGUGACUUUGGAUUGGUAGAGUGGGGUGGUGGUCCCAAUUUUCAAGAAGGGGGACUGGAGGCUUUGUUCAAGCUAUCAUGGUAUCACACUCCUCAGCCUUCCUGGUCAGGUCUAUUCAGGGGUUCUGGAGAGGAGGAUCCACCGGAUAGUUGAAUCUCGGAUUCAGGAAGAGCACUCUGGUUUUUGUGGAAUUGUGGACCAGCCCUACACUAUCAGCACGGUCCUUGAGGGUGCAUGGGAGUUUGCCCAACCAGUCUACAUGUGUUUUGUGGACUUGGAGAAGGCAUUCGACCGUGUUACUCAAGGAAUUCUGUGGGGAAUAGUCUGGGAGUAUGGGGUAUUGGACCAGCUAAUUCAGGCCGUUCCCUGUAUGAGCGGUGUCAGAGUUUGGUUCGCAUUGCCGACAAUAAGUCGGUUCACGUUUCCAGUGAAGGUUGGACUCGUCACGGCUGCCCUUUGUCACCGAUUCUGUUAAAUUAUUUUUAUGGACAGAAUUUUGAGGCACAGCAAGGGUGUUGAAGGCUUCGGUUUGGUGGCUGCAGGAUGGGGUUUCUGCUUUUUGUAGUUGAUGUGGUCCUGCUGGCCUCAACGAGCCGUGACCUUAAACUCUUCACUGGAUCGGUUCGCAGCCGAGUGUGAAGUGGCCGGGAUGAGAAUCAGCACUUCCAAGUCCAAGUCCAGGGUUCUCGCCCGGAAAAGGGUGGAGUGCCAUCUGUGGGUCGGGAGUGAGAUCCUGCCCCAAGUGGAGGACUUUAUUUAGCAGUAAUAGUAGUCUAUUAGUACAGUAGUAUUUGAGAAAAAACCCAUCACAAAUGUCUUUUAUGUGCUAUAUACACCAUCAUUUGACUUGAAAUGGUUUCUUAUGGGUUAAUUAUCUGUACACUUUCUUGCAAUAAGCAUUUAGAGAAACUAGAUUAUUUAUUUCAUAUAUUAUCUACAGUAUUGUUCAUUGAUUUUUAAAGAUAUUUUAUUUUUUUAAUUUAGCACUUUAUUCAUUUAUUUCUUUUAGUAUUCAUUGUGUUUUUAUUUUAUAUAUUAAUUGUUUGUUCAUAUAUUUAUUCAAUAUUUCUUUUUAUUUUUAGAUAUUUGUUUGUUUUUUAAUUUUGUUUAUUUUUUUAGAUUAUUUGUAAAUUUUGUAUAUGUCUUUAUGAUCUAUUUGUUCAUUUAUUUAUUUUAUAUAUUUAUUAUCUAUGUUUAUUUUUUAAUAUAUUUUUUAUAUAUUUGUUUGUUUAUACUGUAUUUAUUCAUUAUUUAUUUAUUUUGUACAUUUAUUGAUCUAUUUGUUCAUUUAUUCUGUAUAUAUUUGUGUAUUUUUAACUUAGUUUAUUUUAUGUAAACUACCGAUCAAAAGUUUUAGAACACUCAGAAGGAAAAACCUACAUGGUUAAGUGUUAAGAUGGUCUGUCUCUCUUCCAUUGUUAAUUCCCUUUUUCUUGCCAUUUUUGUAGCAACAAAUGACUUUCUCCAGUUCAAGGCUGUUCAAAUGAUGUUCAUGAGGCUAUAGUACCCCAGUGUGUUCCCAACACUAUUUAUAUGCAGACAGAGGAGGUACUAAGUACUCCAGAACUUGGAACACCUGUAGGAAUUAGUUGCACCAACUGCCAAGGCUUGAUCAACAUCCAUUUCUGCAGAACACUUUUAAAUUGUUGACCCAUUUUGUGGUCCCUGAAACAGGCCUUCUUGUAUAAUUCUGAAAUUCACAUUAUUUGUCAGGUUUGGGUAACCUUACCUUUUUUUUAAACCUCUGGCACUUCACCACUUACCUUUGUACCAUUUCAAGGUAUUCACUGGACUUGAACGACUUCAAUUUCAAUCAAUAACCGGAAAAAUUGGGGCGUUCUAAAACGUUUGACCGGUAGUGUCGUAAUUAAACUGUUUGUUCAUUCAUUCUUAAGUUUGUUUAUUUUUAUAUAUUUAUCUGUUUCAUUAUUUUAUGUACUAUAUUUGAGCUCACGGAAUAAUUUGCCUUUUUUCAUACAUGACUGAAGUCUGAUACACGUUUGUGUGUAAUGUACCGGUAAUACUUUUAUUUUUUUUGUGCCUACACAAGUGUCUCAUAAUGAAAAAAAAAAACAAAA